CAGAUACCCUGUACUCUACCUGCUCCCAGCUUCUGUUAUGUCCUUGCUUUAAGAUAUGAUGAGGACAGUGGCAGCAUCAAACCAGGAGAUACCGUUUCUGAUCUAUACCUGCCUCCUGUCAUUCACAGUCUUGAUGAAAUUUUGCAGGUGGUUGUUCUCAGUCAGCGAUGCAGCUUUUGGGCUACAGUGAUAUAUGUGAGGCCUGAGAUACAAGGUAACUUGCCAAUGCAAAAGGAGUUUUGGAUAUAUGUGACGGAUGCUACCCUUCAGACGAUGGCAGAUACAUCUGGAAUCCCUAAAAUUCUCUCAGUGUGUGUCUUGCCUUCUUGUGCAGUGGACACUAGGGUGCUAGAAGCCCUUUCCAAAAAGUUAUCUUGCAAGAUGUUUUUUAAAGAUGCAGUAAAAGAGAACAGCAGGAUCAUUUGUGUAGAACGCACAGUGCUUUCAUUACAAAAGCCCCUUUUAUCCCAUGCUUCUGGUAUUAAUGAGCUGACUGGCCCUGUUGUACUGGACAAACUGGAUUCUGCAACAGAGGCAAACUCCCUGCGCAUUGUGACAGGAAUUAUUAAUGGAGUUAAUGAGAGAGAAUCUUUUUCU